UAAGCAAUGGUCCUGAGGACCUUAGGAAAAUCAAGGUGAUGUCUUCCCCCAGACUCAUCCCCAGCUGGAAGGACUUUAACACCUUCAUAAAUGACAUCAUACAUAAAAACAAGGAAUCGUUAGAUGUCUCAAAGAAUGAAACAGUUGUGCUGAGUGACCGGUCCCAGAUACUGUUCAAAGAAUCUCGCUAUCCUCAACAUAUGCCACUUAUAUGCCAUUAUUUCUGUGAUGCCCACUUCUUUGCCUCCCUCUCCUGGGUGACACCCCACACAAAAGAUACACAGGCUAUAGUGUGGAUGAAGAGCACAUCUGAGGACACGGUUGAGAAGAGAGCGUUCUCCAUGACUGAGCGACUGCCACCCAUCCAGUCAAUGGUCCACACCGGUUCCUUUCAUAUUCUCGUGACUUACUGUGGUGACCUGAUCCUGCGCCUCUUUGGGGACCACUUUCGGGCAUUCAAACCCCUAGCCACUGUGCCCUGCCGCUUCAACAUCAACUGUCUCUGCUAUGACCCAGAAAUGAAGAUGCUUCUGUCAGGCAUCUGGGGGUCUGUGGUCACCUGGGUCAUUGAUUCCAGUGGCAAGGGCCUCCAGAUAGCUCACAUGAUUUCCAUACCUGGUAAUGAGCUUGUGCAGGAAAUCGUGCUCAAUGGUCCCAAUGGCUCCCUCCUAGCCCUCUGUGAGACUGCAGUGAGAGCCCUUGAGCACCAGGGCCAGGGCAGGCUGGGAGAGGUGAAGAAGUUCAUGUCCACCAGCAGUGGCUCCUCUAUCACCUGCUGCUUCACCUGUUUGGAUAAGGAUUUUCUCUAUGCUGGAAACAAGGCUGGGGAAAUCCAAGUAUGGAGCCUCAGUCACAGCCACGCCCUCCACAGUUUCAAGGCCCACUCCUCAUUGGUGGUUUGUAUCCGCAGCCGGUCAGAGGCCAACACCCUGCUGACAGCCGGCCAGGAAGGCUUACUGAAGGAGUGGAACCUUACUUCAGGGAACCUACUUCGGCAACUAGAACUCCGUGAGGAGCUGUACUGCCUCCAGUUUAUUGAUGACACUACCUUCUUCUGCCAAACUUCCCACACAUUUUUCUUGCGCCGUCUACCCUGCUUCUAUAGCCUCUUCCAUGUCUGUGGAUCUGCUCCCCAGCAGGUGCAUCGGGUCUUCUGUGGCGAUAACUGGUACAGGAUCCUGUGCAUUACAGAAGAUGGCCUGUUGCGUUUUGUGUCCCCAUUAACAGGGGAUCUUCUGCUUCUCACCUGGCCCUUCUCAAUCCUGGACCACGCUGUGGAUUGGGCCUAUGACCCAGGUAAAGAGGAGCUCUUUGUGGCAACAGGCAGCACAGAAGUGUUGGUGUUUGACACAACCCGUAGUCCUUGCCCAGCCAAGUAUCUUAUAUGCACAUCACCAAAUUCUCGGGACUUUGUGUACUGCCUGGCUUAUGGACAUUUCCACCUGGGGCGAGGGAUAGGAGGACUGGUAUUCUCUGGGCACCAGAGUGGUAUGGUAAGAGUGCUUUCCCAGUGUAGCUGUGCCCGAACAGAGAGAUUCAUACACUACGGGACUGUCCUGGCACUCUCUACACUGGCUGCAGGGCUUUCAAGUGGCCUAGAAAACUCUUUGCUGUGUUCCUAUGGAAUGGAUGACUAUAUACACUUAUCAGAAGUUGUGUUUGAUGGCACCAAAGUACAGCUGCAGCCUCUCUCGAGCAUUCUCAGCAGCUGUCCCCUAAAUCAACUGAUUCUCUUGCCCAACUCUGUGGGAGCCAUCACAGAUGCUAACUGCCUGCAUCUCUGGAAGUUCCAUGAUUUUAUGUCCUAUGGGUCACAAAAAGGCUCAAAAUUCAUAGAGACACUGCCUCUGCACCAGUGUACUAUCACAUCCUUUGAUGUCUGCCUGUCCUUGAGUAUUUUUGUCACAGCUGCUAGUGACGGCUCUGUCCGGAUCUGGGACUUCCAUGGCAGACUCAUAGCCAUGCUGGACUCAUCACUGCACUUUGGCCCGCUCUGCUUUGCAAAUGACAGGGGAGACCUGCUUGUGAGUUUCAAUCAGGGACUUUAUCUGGUGUCUUGCUUAAAACUGCUUCCCCCUAACCUGCUUUCUCUCCUUUCCUUAAGGAGUAUAGCAGAUGAAGUGCUAGAAGCCCCUAAGCCUUUCACACCAAGCUUCUUCCUCUCUUUUGAGACCAUGUUUUUGCCCAAGUAUAUCUACCUGGGUCAUGGGAAACAGGAGUUAGUGGGUCUGCAGAACCUUGUCAAUAAGCGGGCCAUUGCCUUUGACAAUUCUGUGCCACAUGUCAUAGAAGAAGAUGAGGAUGGGAGUCCUGUGUUACUGGGUACCCCCAAACAUGAGGAGGGAGUACAGAUGAGAAAGCCUCCCCAUCACCAUUAUGUGGUUCCUCCUCAGUUACAACUGACUUAUUGGGAUGGACUCAACCCUUAUCAGAUACUGAGAUGCUACUUUGGUGAUGGGCGGGAAUGGUUCCUUGCCCCUGACUGCUACAUCCCCAACUCAGUGAUUCGUGCCCAUCUUUGGCCAGAGGGCAGCCCGAUACACCUACAGUGUAACCUGCAUUCACCCCAGCGUGAACUGGAGUGGGAAACAUCCCAACCCUUCUUCUUCUGGCAAACCAGGGCAAGAACUUUAAGUAAAGUGCAAGCAAAUGAAGAGGAGGAGGAGGAAAGUUUCCUAGCAAUGAGAAAAUCCAAGGAGGGAACCUACAGUGUCCUUAUAGACUCGGCAAACCGUAGUUGGCUGGGCAGAAAAAUGAGUGAAGUAGCUAUUAGGAACCUAGUUGAGACGAUCCUCACUAUUAUGACCCAUGCUCCUCCACUGAAGUUCCAGUGCUGCAUUGGUGCACUAGGACAGAUCUUUGCCUCUUACCAGGUGUGUCCAUCCCUGCGCUCUGAGACUGCUCAUCGUCUGCUGGAUGAAACAACCAAUUCCAACCCACUGAUCCGAGAGCUAGCCUGGGAAGGGCUGAAGCGCCUAGGAAUGGUCACUCAUCUCUUUGCCUUGCCUCUGGCCCAAGGGUUAAUGGAUAAGGAUGAAAGAGUAAGGAAUAAGGCCCUCAACAUCAUGCCAGAGACUGGAAUCCACUCUAAGACCUCACUCUUAAACUUGAUUCAGAGACCAGAGACUUUACAGGAGAUGAAGCAAGAGGUGAUUGGGGACGAAUCCCUGGGCCACCUGCUGGGGAUGCGGCCCACAGAUCUCCAAAUCCUUUUCACUCAAGUGCAGCGGCGACUGAAUGAAAACUUGACCUUGUCAAAAGAAGACAGGAUGUCUCAUUUUUCUUUAUAUGUCUCAAACCUUAUGCUCUCUCCUAUACAACCUAUCAUUGUUCCUGAAGAAGCUGAUGUCAAGCGCAGCAAAGGCCAAAGACGGGGCCAAACAGGGGGCAAAAGGCACACUCAAAAAUUGUUGCGAGGUCUUAGAAAGAUGAAAGAGGGAGACUUUAAACAGAUGAGCACAGAGCCAGGCCCAACAGAAGGUGAAACUGAUCAGAGUAAAACUGUGCCACUUGAAGUGGAGAACACAACUUUCUACUCCAGGACCUCAAUCAGUAGUUUAAAGGACUUUCAAGAUGUUGAACCUUCAGAAAUAGAUGUCUCAGAGAGUUACACUGCUCAGACCUUGAAGAUGUUAAAGCAAAUGCCUGACACAAGAGGCAAGAAAGCUACAGCUAAGAAACUCACAAAGAAGUACAAGAAAAGACAAGAGGAAGAAGUUUUAAUUGAGGAAGAGGUGUCUACUGUAGAACCAAUAGAAGAACCAGCUAGGAAAAUAAUUAAACCUCAGGGGCGGGGUGCUGCCGGAGUGCCUGGCCAUAAGGUUGGAUCUGCCACCUCCUGGCGGGAUGAUCUAUGUCGUCUUAUGACCCUGAGGAUAUCUGGUUCCCAAACAAAAAUGUCAGAAGAUCUAAACACUGAGUUAGUGACUAUGGCUCAGGAGAUUCUGGCGGAUCGGCAACCCAGCUGGGAACUCUUUCAGAAGAUCUGCCCUGUGUUGAAGAAACAAAGCAUGGAAAUGUCUGAGGACCUUGACAGGGAUGUAGUCUGGCCAGAAGAGAAACCAAGUUUUAUCUAUGAAGAAGAAAUUAGGGAGGACAUGGUUAUCAGAGACAAGGAAGAGACACCAGUGGAGUACGAAGAACAAGUGCAAAGGGAAGACAGGGACAUGGAGGGCUGGCAGGUAGUUCCCAAAAAAGGCAAGGAAAAGCAAGUUGUUUCUGUAGAAUCAGGUGACCUGACUAAGAAAAAACAAAAGUCAAAGAAGGAAGAGAAGAAAUCCUCUGAGAAGACAUCUAUGGAAGAGAGGAAAACAACCCAGGAGGACAGUAACAUACAUAAAAAGGAGAACAAAAUAACUGAAGGAUUGAGAGAUGUGAGCAAGAAAGUCGAGGAAAUGACAAAAGCAGAAGAGAAAGUGGUUAAGCCAGAAGAAAAGCCAGUUAGUGUAGAAAAGACGCAGUCUUGGCAGGAGUGGAAGACCUCGUGGGAUCAGUGGAAACAGGCACGCAGUGAGAGAAAGAUAUCCUGGGAAGAAUGGAAGCAAGACUGGGACAAAACCCAUCUUCAGGAAGAGAAGAAACUGCCCCAGGCUGAAGAGGAACUAUUCCUAGAGGAAGAAAUGCAGGAGGGGAAGAAAAAGCAGCUGAGUAGGGAUGAGUGGAAACAGAUCUGGGAAAACGUGUUUUCUCCGAGGUUCAAGGAUAAGAAAAAACUAUUCAAAGAGUGGAAAGAAGUAUUUAAGGAAUUGAGAAGAGAAAGAGAAGAUGAAAAAGAAGAGCUGUCCUCCACACAAGAGCAGAGACAGAUCCAGGAAGAGCAGAAAAAGGCGAGGGCACAGAGAAAACAAGCCCAAUAUAAAAAACAAGAAGAUAAACAGGAGAAAAGACUAGCACAAGAAGAAGAGAGACUCACACAAGAAGAGAGAAAGCUGGCCCAGGAAUAUGUGAAAAUGGCCCUGAAAGAUAAGAAAAUGGCCCACUUAGACACUAAGUUUGCCCAGAAAGAGGAAAAAGUGGCUCAAAGAGAAGAGGAGUUAAGCCACAAAGCAGAGAAAUUGGCUCACAAAGAGAAUAAACUGGCCAAGAAAUUGAAGAAAGUUACUCAGGAAGAAGAGAAACUAGCAAAAAGAGUAGAAAAAGCAAUUGAGGUAAAAAUACUGUUGGCCCAGACAGCAGAAAUAGUGAAGCAGAAGGAGCAAAGUCUGGACUGGCAAGAAAAUGUGCUGGCUGAGGAACUAGAGGAACUGGCAAGGGACAUGGAAGACCUGGCUUCAAAAGAAGCAGAGCUGAAGCAGGAAGAAGACAGACUGGUUAAGGAAAAGGAGGAACUGGAUGAGGAAGGGGAAGUACAGGCCUUGCAAGAGGAGAAUCUGGCUAAGAAAGAGAAAUCAUUGGCCCAGGAAGAAGAGCUGCUGGUGCAGGAAGAAGAGAAGCUGGUGCAGGACAAGGUAAAAAACCCUAAGGAAGCAAGGAGAUUGGCUUGGAAAAGGCAGUUACUGCUAGAGGUCAAAGAGAAACUGGCCCAGGACAGGGAAAAACGGACCCAGAACAAGACAGAAUUAACACAGAACAAAGAGAGACUGACCCAGAAGGAAGAGAAUCUGGCUCAGAAAAGGAAGAAUUUGGCUCAGGAAAAGGAAAAAUUGGCUCAGCAGGAAGAGAAUCUCCACCAUGUCGAAGAAGAACUCCACCAGGAGAGAGAGCAAUUAGCUCAGGUGAAGAGGAAAACAGAUACAUACAGAGAGACACUGGUUCAGCUAGAGGAGAAGCUGAGUCAGGAAAAUGAGGGAUUGGUCAAGAAGAAGGAGAAACUGGAUGCUGUAGAGAAGAACCUGGUUCAAGCAGGUGGAGCCCUGGCUAGAAACCAGGAGAAAGUGGCCCAGGAAAAAAUGGAAUUAUCUGUGGCAAAGAAGGCAGCGCUCCAAGGAAGGGAAAUACUCAGAGAUGAGCUGGAAGUUGCUAAGAUAAAACACACACUGAACAUAAAAAAGAUGAUGAUGGUACUUCAAAAACUAGUCAGUGAUGAAAGGAAAAUAAGUCUUGAAGAAAUAAAGAUGACAAACAUAAAGCAGUCACUUGUUGUCAAGGAGAGCACACUGAGCAAGGAACAGAGCAGACUUGAUAUCGAAGAGUUGAAUAUUUCUGAUCAAGAGUCAAAACUGGAUGAAAAGAAACCAGUUAAAAAACAGAGAGAAAUGGCCAAAAAAAUGAGUACUAUUACAUAUCAUGAGAAAAAAAUGGCUGAAGAGAAAAGUAAAUUGGCCAAGGAGCAGAGAGAAGUCAUACAGGCUGUAGAAAAGGAAGGGGUAAUAGAGGAGGAAGAUAAAACUCUAUUCCUUAAACACAAGCAGAGAAAAAGGAAACAGUCAAAAGACAUUGAUACCCUAAAUGAAAAGUUUCACAGAAAAGUGGAUGAGAUAGAAAGUGAAGAGAGCAUUUCUAAGGAAAUAGAAAAUCUAUUAGAAGUAGGACAAGAGAGUUUGUCUGAGGAGGAGGAGGAAGAAGAAGAGGAAGACAAGGAAGAGGAAGGAGAGAAGGAAGAAGGAAGGAAGGAGAAGGAAAAGAGGAGUAAGGAAAAGGAAAAGAAGAAGAAAAGGAAGAUGGAAGAGGAUGAAGGUUCCAAGGAGGAGGAGGAAGACAUGCGAGAGGAAGAACUGGCAAGUUUGAGUGAGACACAGGAGGAGAGAAGUUCAAUAGAAAUGGGCAAGGAAAAAGACACCUUGAAAAGAGAAAAACCAUUUAAGCUACAGGAAGAAAGAAGAAAGGACCUACAAAGAAGAGAAGUAGUCCCUUCUAUUGGAGAAAGAUUUGUUGCAGUCAAGGGCAGUGGUGCAAAACUGAGAGUUCUAAAAGUCCCUUCCGGACAGCCAGUCUCUGUAUCUAUGGAUAUUGGAGGGAAGAUACAAAUGCCCCUGCCUGUCAAACAAGUACCUCCAGAAGAAAAACUCACAGCACUUCAGACAUGGAGCACAGUCUCAAAGGUAGAGCUAGAGGAUAAAGAAAGAGAACUGUUUGAAAAAUAUAAACACGUUCCUCUACCUGUUUUGGAUACAAUUUUAAUGUUCCAAGAGCAGGACACGAAGAUACCAUUCACAUUCAACAUAUUUAGGAAAACAGUGGAGGCUCACAAACUCAAACAUAGACUCCCUGAUGCCAGGUGGAAGUGGCUUUUGGAGCAUCAUCCAUCUCUGACAGAAAAACAUAAGAUACAACCACCUCUUGCUCAGAUCCUGACUGACAAACAACAUCCAGAGGUACAAGUAAGCCUCACAGAUACAGAGUGGAUCCAUCAGGUCCUAGAACGGAUGGAAGCAGGAGAACAGCUUUCCAGAGACAGCUUCCACAGAUUGUGUCAGCUCCUCAAAGACCUGACCUCAGAGGGAAACUUAGAGUAGCUCCAUCCGGCCAUGCUUGACACCAUCGUGCACCAUCACAUGCAGGCUCUGGAGUCGCGAAGCACAAGGGCCUCGGAGCCCAGCAGGAAAUUCAUGACUCUGAAACACCUGCAAGCGAUUCCUCCUAGAAAAGGAAAGGAGAAGGAAAGUUGGCUAAAAUCCUUGACUGUCCUUACACCAAAGUCCCUAUUACCUGCCAAGGUGAUUACAGACCCAAAGGCCACAAACUGGCAUCUUCUAGGUGAACCUUGCAGAAGCGCACGGCUACAGCAGCUAUCCAAUGCUCUCAGGGAAAUGCAGACACAUUUUUAUCCUGACACAAGAGACCUCUUCACAGGUGCCCAUGCCUCUGUGGAAAAACAAACCAUGGCACUAAUGUUUCAGAAGGACCUCAGGGAUUUUAAGGAUAAGGACAGGUUUCUUAAACUGCCCAAGUUGGAGAAGAAGACACAGCCUGUCUCACAAAAGAAGGAAAAGAUACCUCCAUGGGAGACAUUUGUGGCACUGUACCAUGUUUUGCGGAUGCUGCAGCAGCGAUACGGUAAGGACUCUGCUGCUUGGACGGAACAGUUCCAUCAGCUCAUGGACUUGUACCAGCUCAAGUCUCCCAGAAUCCAGAGGCUGCUACAAAAUCUGCUACUGGGAAAGGAGCCUCAACCCAAACAGAUCAUCAAAAAAGAGGCCCUGCAGGCUAUGGAGCCAGUACCUGGGGAACGGGUGUUUUACUGCCUGAUUUGUGGUGGCUCUCAUACCCCAAGCAGUCUGGGGUUCCAGAAUGUGAUACCCCUUCCUGGAUAGAAUAGUGUGUGCACCUUCCUUCCUGUAGGUAUUGCCAAAUAUGGGAUCUUAGAACUUGCCUGGAAGAGCCUGCCCCAAGCUGAUACUUGCCUCACUAAGGGAUUUCCCCGCAUCAUUGCUACCACUCCCAAAUUUGGGACUGGCUAGAGGUUAGAACUUUACAUUCUUAAUUGGAGAAAGCUUUGCUCAUCAGAAUCUAGAGGUUCAUUUCUAGGGACCAGAUCAAAGUGCUUUCCCUACCCAUUUCUGGAAACCUGUUUGUGGAAUAAAGAGGAGGUUUUUUUUUCAA